AUGGCGUCAGAUAACAAUCCACCGUUCUCUUCUGUAGACAUUCAGGCUCUUGCAAGUUUAGUUAACCAGAUCAAUCUUAUGCAAUCGAAUGCAACAAGAACGCAAUCAAAUCCUGCAUUGAAUCCAGCGAGUCCCUAUUUUCUGCAUCCCGGAGAAAAUUCAGGUUCUUCUUUACUUUCGACUCCUUUAGUAGGAAACAAUUAUCAAAUUUGGGAGAAAGCUAUGUGGAGAACACUUACAUCAAAGAAUAAACUAGGAUUUGUAAAUGGAUCAAUUAAAAAACCUGAAAGAGGAACUGCGUUGUUUGAAGCAUGGAAACGAUCUAACACAUAUGUAGUUUCUUUGAUUAAUCAAUCUUUAAGCCCUGAGAUAGCUAAGAGUGUAGUGUGGAUAAAUUCCGCUGAGAAAUUGUUGAAAGAAUUAAAGCAUAGGUACUGUCACGGAGACAUAUAUAGAAUUGCAGAACUAGAGGAAGAUCUAUUUGCUACAAGACAAGGAGAGUUAACAAUUACUGCUUACUAUACAAAAUUGAAAGAGAUUUGGGAAGAAUUAGAUAAUUUGUGCCCGAUUCCGAUCUGUUCAAGAUGUUCUGAAAACUGCACCUGUGAAUUGAAUAUAUUGAGAGGUUAUAAGAAAGACUCGAGUGUUGUAGGACUCUUGCGUGGAUUGAAUGAUCAAUAUUCUACUGUACGAUCUCAAAUCAUGCUGAUGAAACCAUUGCCCAAAGUAGACGCAAUUUUUUCUGAUUUGCUUCAGCAAGAGAGGCAGUUUAACAUAAAUGAAAUAGUUGAAGGGAAGGCAUUGAUAACCAAUGCAAGAACUGAUGGUGGAAUUAUUAGAGGAAGGGAUAGAGGCAAAGGAGGUAGGGGAGGCCAUGGCAAUUAUCACAAGACUGGAAGAGGUUCAAAACAGUGCAGUCAUUGUGGCAAAAAUGGCCAUCUAAUAGACACAUGCUAUAAAAAGCAUGGAUUCCCUCCUCAUUUCAAGAAUGGUGGUGCCUCUAUUAACAAUUUGGUUGCUGAAGAAAGUGAUGAUAACAACAAUCAAUCUCAAUAA